AGCAAAACAUCUGUAGCUCUUAGCAGAGUUCAUUAGAUCAGAAACAGAGACAAAGAAAAUAAAUUCAGUUACAGACUGUUUCACAUUCUUUCCUUACUGGGCAGUUCUUUUUUAUGUUUCUUUCCCCUGUUUCACAUUCUUUCCUUUUUGGGUUUACAUCUCUUUAAAGCUAAAACGUUAUCAAUUUUUCCUGUGGACUCAUCUGGUUGUUCUCUUCUUCCAGUCUUACCUUUUCAUGUACAGCUACUUUUAAAACAAGAAGAGUUGCGUUUGAUCCAAUGGGAGGAUUAGAAUCUGUUUACGCACAAGCUAUCUAUGGAAUGACCCGAGAGACCAUAAUCAUGGAGCAUCAAGGAUCAGAUUUGAUCUGGGGAGGAAAUGAUCUUAGCAGGUGUUUCAUGUCUGAUAUUGGAAUCAUUGGUGAGACUCAACACCAUCAACAUGUUGGAAACAGAGCUUCUUCGAUAGAUCCAUCAUCGAUCGAUUGUUUGCUGUCAGCGACGACGAACAGCAACAACACACCGACGGAAGACGACGAAGGAAUCUCUGUGCUUUUUUCAGAUUGUCACGCUCUUUGGAGCUUUGGUGGAGUCUCAUCUGCAGAGUCUGAGAACAGAGAGAUCACUACAGAGACAACAACAACAAAGCCCAAGUCUUCUAAGAGAAACAGAGGAAACAGAGACGAGACAGGAAGUUACUUCUGUCUUGUUGGCCAUCCUCAAGAAGAAUCCGAGAAAGGAAACUUCAAGCUAAUAUACGAUGAGAAUCAAUCGAAGUCCAAGAAGCCAAGAACAGAGAAAGACAGAGUUGGUUCUUCAAACAUCAGUUUCCAACAACAUUCAGCUUCUUUGUCUGAUAACGUGGAGCCAGAUGCAGAGGCCAUUGCGCAGAUGAAAGAGAUGAUAUACACAGCUGCUGCGUUUAGACCGGUGAAUUUAGGGUUGGAGGUUGUUGAGAAACGUAAGAGGAAGAACGUGAAGAUAUCGACGGAUCCUCAAACGGUAGCAGCGAGGCAGAGGAGAGAGAGGGUAAGCGAGAAGAUUAGGGUUUUACAGACCUUGGUUCCAGGUGGGACUAAGAUGGACACUGCUUCAAUGCUUGAUGAAGCUGCUAAUUAUCUCAAGUUCCUUAGAGCGCAAGUAAAGGCUUUAGAAAACUUGAGACCCAAGCUUGACCCAGCCAAUUUUUCCUUCUCCUCUCCUUCUUCGUAUCCUUUAGUCCACCCAUCUUUUCUUCCCUUUCAAAACCCUAAUCAGGUUCAUCAUCACCAAGAGUGUUGAAUAAUAUAUCGAUUCAUCAUUAACAUAAUCAUAGCUUCUUGAUUGUUUUAACAGUUCUCAAGAAAGGCACUUCUGUGUUGAGAAUGGUGUGCCGGCUAGUGUUGUUUCUAUUUUCAAGUCUUUGUUUUUGCAUUUCUUUUUAUACAAAGUUUUUAGUUUUGUAAUUUAUAUUGAAUUUCGAGGGUUGAAAUUGUGGAAAAC